UCUAUCCUGAAAAUCCAUCCAUCUAAGUGAAUCCUGACACCAUGUGCUACUACGGCGGCUGCUAUGGGGGCCUGGGCUAUGGCUAUGGCUCUGGUUAUGGCUGUGGAUGUGGCUGCUUCCGUGGCCUAGGCUACGGAGGUUAUGGCUGUGGAGGCUGUGGCUAUGGAGGGCUGAGGUAUGGAGGCUAUGGCUGUGGCUGUGGAGGCUGUGGCUAUGGAGGCUAUGGCUAUGGCUGCUGCCGUCCAUCUUGCUGUGGAAGGUAUUAUUCUUAUGGCUUCUACUGAAAAAUCCCUUGCUACUGGGCUCUCAAGGAAUCUGUAGUCCUGAAAAGACAUCAUCUUCCAUCUGUGUCUGCAGCUGAGCUUUGUGGAAAAAUUACCACAACAGGGUUCAGCAAUCCCCAUGGCACACUCAGGGCAACAAUGUGGUAGUGACCAAGAACCAGAAGGACCCAUCCUUCUGGGAAAUGAUGCAAUCUCUCCCCUGUCAUGAAGGAGACUUCUCCAACAACUCCUUCCGAGGAAACUAGCUCACCUUUCAUACAUUGUUAUGUCUUUUAUGACUUUGCAAUAAACUUGUUUCCCUUGGUUACCAAAGUUGUUGUUACUUGUUC